AUGUCAGUAGCUGCAUUAUUGAAAGCCUCUAUCUAUCCUGCUAUCUCUAAAGACAAGAAAUAGGUAGCCAUAGGAGAGGCUAAGAUGACAUCUCAGAUUUGGUUUUCCCAGAAAUGGAACAUGAGGCUAGGGGUAGUGCCAAGUUAUUCAUGUGUCAGAUUAGAAAUCUUGAUGCUAUUGAUUUUUCUGCUGAGCAUGUACUGUCACCUUGGAUCAGUAUAUUACUCUUUGUAUGAAAUCAUUAUUCCUAAGAGGCUAACAGUCCAAGAAAGGGAUAACCCAGUGGGAAAAGAAUCUUAUAUGCUGUUUAUGCAAGGCCAGAAGCAGCUGGUACACCUGAAGGUGAAGAGAGGCUAUUCUGUGGAUAACUUUCCAGUCUACAGUUACCACAAUGGUAGCCUGCGGCAAGAGAUGCCUUUCAGCUUGCAUGACUGCCACUAUGAAGGCUACAUAGAAGGAGUGCCCGGUUCCUUUGUUUCUGUCGACACCUGCUCAGGCCUCAGGGGCGUCCUGGUUAAGGAGGAAACAUCCUAUGGCAUCGAGCCCAUGGUCUCUUCUGAACGGUUUGAACAUGUUCUGUACACCAUGGCACACCAAGGUCGAAUCUCCUGCAGUGUCACGUCCAAAAACAGCCAAGGGGACGCCAGGCAGCGGCAAAGGAGCAGGAAGCCUCAACAUGUGCAGGAGACCUCUUUCUUGUGGUCACACACCAAGUAUGUGGAGAUGUUUGUCGUGGUCAACAACCAGAGGUUCCGGAUGUGGGGCAGUAACAUCAGUGAGACCGUGCGGGCAGUGGUGGACAUCAUUGCCCUGGUCAACAGCUUCACCAGGGCCAUCAACACGGAGGUGGUGCUGGCGGGAUUGGAAAUCUGGACCGAGGGGGACCUGAUAGAGGUCCCAGUGGACCUGCGAGUGACACUCAGGAAUUUCAACCACUGGAGGCAAGAGAAGCUCCUCCACCGUGUGAGGCACGAUGUUGCCCACAUGAUUGUUGGGCAUCAUCCUGGAGAGGACACAGGCCAGGCGUUUGUCAACGGUGCCUGCUCCAGUGGAUUUGCGGCGGCCGUCGAGUCCUUCCAUCACGAAGAUGUCCUCCUGUUUGCCGCGCUCAUGGCCCAUGAGCUUGGGCACAACCUGGGUAUUCAGCACGACCACGAGGCCUGCACUUGUGAAGAGAGGCGCUUCUGCCUCAUGCACGCAAAUAUCACUAAACACAGUGGCUUCAGCAACUGCAGCUCCGACUUCUACUACCAUUUCCUUCACGAGCACAGAGGGGCCUGCCUAUUGAACAGACCGUGGCGCCCAAGCCGCCAGCGCAGGGAUGCCCGAUGUGGAAAUGGGGUGGUGGAGCCACCGGAGCAGUGUGACUGUGGCUCCGCUUGUGAUGAUCACCCAUGCUGUGAACCCACAUGUCAGCUGAAGACGUCUGCGCGCUGUAGUGAUGGACUCUGCUGCCAUAGGUGUGAUUUCAAAAGGAAAGGGGUGUUACGUCGUCCUGUUCAGGAUGAGUGUGACCUCCCAGAGUAUUGUAAUGGUAGCUUUCGAGAGUGUCCUGCCGACAGCUACAAGCAAGAUGGCACAUUGUGUGACAGAAUCUACUACUGUUCUGGGGGCCAGUGUAAGAACCCUGAUAAACAGUGCUCCAAAAUAUAUGGGUUUCCUGCAAGAUCUGCCCCUGAAGAAUGUUACAUUUCCAUAAACACCAAACGAAACCGGUUUGAGAACUGUGGCCACGGCACUGGGAAUAACUCAGAGUAUGUUGUGUGUGCAGACGACAAUGUGUUUUGUGGAAAGCUCAUAUGUACUGGUGUUGCCUACUUGCCCCCAGUCAAACCCCAACACACGCUAAUCCAGAUCUUAUGAAGUUAUGAAGAUGACUGGUGCUGGAGCAUGGAUGCCUAUAAUACUGUUGACAUUCCUGACUAUGGGGAUGUGCAGAAUGGCACUUACUGCCCCAACAAGGUCUGCAUGGGUAACACGUGCACUGAUUACACUGUGGCCCAGUACGACUGUGAACCACAGGGCAUGUGUCAUGGGAAAGGAGUGUGCAACAAUCUCCAGCACUGUCAUUGUGAUGAAGGCUUUGCCCCUCCUGACUGCAAAAAACCAGGAAAUGGGGGGGGGGGUAGCGUGGAUAGUGGCCCUGUUGGCAAGCCACUUGAUGAAAAUUUUACUGUAAGUCCAAUUCAUCGUGUUGGCCCCAAGAGUGACGAUACAAAUAUGAAAGUAAUAAUAAUUAUUGUCCCUAUAUGUCUUGUCCAGUUAUUGUGUGGUCUAAUGCUAAUUGCCUGCCUCUGGUAUAAAUACAGGCAGUGGUGGCAACUCCAUUAUCAGGAUUCAGAAGAUUCCUCAGAAAUCCCAUCAGAGGUGAGUCUAUCAGAGGAACAACCACCUGAAAGAGCUCCACCUCCAGAAGGAGCCCCACCUCCUGAAGGUGCUCCACCACCUGAGGCAGUCCAAACACUAGCAGGUGCCCCACUUCCAGAAGGGGCCCCACCAGCAGCAGCUGCUCCUCCAGCUGAAGCGGCCCCCCCACCACCUGGGGCAGCCCCUCCACCUCUACCACUUUAACAGGUUCUAUCAUCAAAGGCCACAGGAGAGCCAAAAGAGGAUGCAGAUGAGGAACGUGAAAAAUCAAAGGCAGAAACUUAGUGGAGGAUGAAGCCAUAAACAUUCAGGCAUUGUGGAAAUGAAAAGUACAGGGAAGCAAAUUGGAAGAGAGAAAGGAUAUCUGCAGUGGCUCUGGCUGGACUCUACCACAUUAAUGGGAGAGAUGGGAUUAUCCUACUUUCAGCACUCAUUUAGUAUGUUGAUUCUAUUUCCAUAUGUAAAAUAACAUAUAAUAUGCUAUAUUUUUCACAUUUCCUGAAUCAAUUUAAGUUCUUGUGUAUCACUGCUAUCGAUGUCUUGCGUAACAGGGCCAGUUUGAAAUCACUUAGAAAUGGUCUUUCAGAGCCUACAUGUGAUUCCAUCUGCAUCACUUAUCAUAAUGGAUUAGACCUCAGUGAUAGCUGUUCUCUUAUGACUGUUUUAAUGUAAUUGCAGUAUUCUAAAUUGCCCUGCCAGUUUCUGUUUAUA